CAGCAUGGAACAACAACGGAACCAUUGACGGGAGAGAACGGGAUGCCGCGACGUCUCCGCACCGCCUACACCAACACGCAACUACUUGAGCUAGAGAAAGAAUUUCACUUUAACAAGUAUCUGUGCCGGCCUCGGCGGAUUGAGAUCGCCGCUGCUCUCGACCUAACCGAGCGACAAGUAAAAGUCUGGUUCCAAAAUCGUCGGAUGCGCCAUAAACGGCAGACGAUGGUUUCUAAAAGUGAAGGCAACACCGACAAGGAGUCAAACACAUCCGAAAACGAUGACGACAACAGCGCGGGAGGGGUGUUGAAAUCAAAAAGUGGUCUAUGUUCCAUGGGCGGGGACUGCAGUCCGCAGCAGAAAGACUGCUGUACGCCAUCGAUUCAAGUGAUGCAGGUUCAGCAGCAGCAACAACAGCAGCAGCAAGUGAUUCCACAGCCGAACUCUGUUCCGCCUCAACUUUCGAGGAACACGUGCUCUCCGAGUGGUAGUGAGCACGGUUCGAUGUCGUCCGAUGAUCCCAAAGCCCAUCUUCACUCAGCGUUGACAGCAACUUCCGCAACUCCUUCGCCCGGUUCCGCUCGAGGCGACAAAACACCCACACCGACCGGUUCUCUGGAGAGAUCCAUCAAACCUGAUCCUGCUUUGAAUUACUCCGCGGGUCCCCAAACGCCCUCAGUGGCAGGAGGUCAACGAUCAACGUAUCCCGCGAUGGGAUCGCCGAUGCAGGCGUCCUCACCAUUGUACCAAAAACAGGCACAUUACUAUCGGCCGUCAGGAGGGGCGGCGUGUUAUCCUAGUGUAACCUACAAAUCGAACCACAUGUACUACCAUCACGCCGCACCUCAGUCGAACUCUCCGAACUGUGGUUCCCAAUAUCCCGGAGCAGGUGGCCAGGCGAGUCCGAACAUGACCGGUGCGAGGAUGCCCCAGUAUUUCGAUGCGUACGGGGAACAGCGCUUCGACUACGGCACCGCUUAUCACAACCAAGCGGGUCAGGGAUAUCCGCAGGGCUACACCGGAUACCCCCAGGACGACAUGCCGGCCACCGAUCAGUACUACGACCGAGUCCAACAGCAACAACAACAGCAUCAGCAGGAGUACACAUCCGCGAAACAACAGCAAUAUCAGUGCUUCGAGGCACAAUACGCAGCUGGGGAUAACGCCUCGUUCAACGGUUUCACCGAAAGCCAGCAAACAGCGGUCAGCCAGCAUCAGAACGGCGACAUGAAUUUCAAUCUGUAUUACAACAACGGUAGCUUAGGCUCGAUGAGCACGUGCAGUACUCCAGGGACCCCGCAAAGUCAAUGCUUUUCCGCUCAAGAGGGCGUUGCCGAGUGGAGUGCACUUUCUCAGAACCAUUUUCCAAACACGGAGUACUACCAGCUCGGUUGA